UCGAAGACAUUCAAAAUGCUCACAUGUUAACAUAUGUAUGUGUGUACAUAAAUGAAUGUGCCCCAAAAACGCUGUUGGAUGCUGACAACAAACCACCUCGGCCAGACUUAAAGAGAAAAAAACCUAAACGAUAGAACAUACCUCAAGAAACAGAGAAUCUUAAGAUUGUAAUAAAAAACAAGAGAAACAGAAAGAAAGCAAGAAUUGAGAACUGGAGUUAGGGCCACUUCGAAUUGAGUUAAUUGUAUUGUAGUCUAUAGCCGUUUUGUGGUAAUGGCCGAGUUGUAAAUAAAAGCCACAAAUUUAUGCAGCUGCACUACACAAAUGUUUCAGCGCUAUUCGAAGUUACACCUCACAUUGCCGAUCAACAAAUGCCACUAAUUCAUUCAAACAAUUCAUGUGAACAGCAUCGCAAGCAUUCAGUAAUUAGUGAAAAUCAAAAUGUUACAAGCGCAUUAAGAAAACAUUACCACCAAGUGAAUAAUCAUGCAACACGCAAGCGCCACUGCAACCACAAAUUAUUAACACAAAUUUUACAUAUCAACUGAAGAUCAAUAGUACAAAUCGCUAUUAAAUUAUUGUGCAGCAAACUUUCUUCGUAAAAGUUGUUAACAAGUUGAGAUAGACAUUAAAAGACGCUAUAAACAAUUGCGUAGCAUUUAAAAAGUGUGUGCGGUCAGUACCAGUUUUCACUAAUGUGUCGUAGUAAUCUAGUACUGAAGUCAACAAAUACUGCAGACUCAACAGCGACGAGCAGCGGUGAAGAUAGUGAUAGUCAAAGGAUUGCUGCUACAACUCACGGACGCAAUAUGGUCAAUAAAGCUGGUUCCGAAAUGGCCCUUUCCAAAGUCAACUCCGAUAAAACUGAAAUGGACCAGGAGAGUUAUUUACGCGAUGCUACACAUAAUUUUCGGGGGAUAGAAAAACCUCUCAAAUAUGGGCCCGCCAUUGAUACGUUAAAAGAUCUGAUCGCCGCACUUCAUAAGGAAUUCGAGACGAACUAUGUGAAUAUUGAGAUGGUUAAUCACAUAAUGUUGACAUAUAAAUCGAAUGCAAGCGAAUGGAAACGUUUCGCCAAGUUCGAUCGUUUCAAGUAUACACGUAAUCUGGUUGACGCCGGUAAUGGCAAAUUCAAUUUGAUGAUAUUAUGUUGGGGUGAAGGACAAGGCUCAGCCAUUCAUGAUCAUGCUGAUUCACAUUGUUUCAUGAAAAUGCUUAAAGGUGAUCUACAAGAAACAAGAUAUGAAAUGCCAUGCACGAAGAUUGUAGAAAUGCCAAACGUGGAUAUUGGUCUAAUUGAUGAUGAUGCUGGUCAAGAAAUUAAUAGCGAAGAACUGAAAGCAGUAGGCUCCUCUACUAUAACUGUGAAUGAUGUAGCCUAUAUAAAUGAUAAUAUUGGUCUGCAUCGUGUGGAAAAUCCAAGCCACAUCGACACCUCAGUGUCGCUCCACUUAUAUUGCCCACCCUUCAAUGAGUGUACCGUGUUUCAUAAGAACUCUGGUAAACGUAUAAAAUGCCCUGUGACAUUUUCGAGUAAAUAUGGCGUGCGUCAAACCCAGUCCAAAGAAUAAAGACUGCUUCGCUUGUGACUACCUUGCACACUGUAACGAAAAAACUUUAUUUACCACUUCAUAAAAAACUGUGGUUGAUUGAAAACUUUGAAGGACUACCUAAGAAAUCCUUUAAAUCCUUUUUUAUUACACAUCUUUUUAAAGCUUAUGUAUGUUUAUAGUAGAGUCCGUUGUAAAAUUUGUAUAUAACGAAUUUGUUUAAAUGCAAAAGAAAUGAUCCAAACGGACA